AUUUGGUGGUUUUGACGUUUAAAUUAUUUUGAUGGGCAAAGGGUUUCGCGUGUGCUCAUGAGCUGGCUCGGAAUUCAUGAGGCAAACCUCACAGAUUUUAUUUGCACGAUUAGCGAGAAUAUCUGUCAUGCACAAGCUUGAUUUAGAAACCUCUUUCUUCGGACGUUGUGUGCGUUUGUGCAUGUGUCUGCCUCUCUCUGUGUGUGUGUAUGCAGUUUACGUGGCAAUAUUUUCAUUGCCACGUAAUAUUUUGCUAUUGCCUUCUUGCUAGGACUGAGAAAGAGCGACUUGUCCCAGAAAUCUCUUUCCAGUUUGUGCCUUAACUCACACAUCAAACUGGUUCCUUCAGUCUUAUUAGAGUACAGCUAUUUGUGAAACUGGGUCCUUUUGUGUUCGCAAUGGGCAGACUUGUUGCUAUAGCUAUAAGCAGUGUCUCAUUUGCAGCUUACAGUGGCACUGGAAAACCUUAGCAAUUAUAAUAGGUCCAUUCAAUCCUACAAAAUUUGGUUUAAUUUUGUGGCUUGGUAGCCCAGAAUUUAAACAUUCCGUUCUUUCUGCUCCUGGAAAGUGCUUUUUUUCUUGCAUGUAUUGACUUGUUUCUAUCACAGCUACUGUUUGUUUGUUUUUUAUGCAUUCUAUCACCUAUUUUGGAAGGAGCUAGCCUAUAGCACUUGUGACCAUAAGCAGAGGUUGUGUUGGAUAUAGAGGAACAUAUAAUUAACCCCUUCUAUUUGAGUGGGAUGCUUGAGUGGAAUAGGAAAUAUAACAACUAUCUUUAUGAUAGUGGAAAUUAAAGAGUAAUUGUUUACUGGGAGACAAUAAUAUUGUGAGAAGUCCUGUUUUGUAGGUGACCAAAUGGGAGACUUUGCUCAUAAUAAUUGGGUUAAAGACAGUGCUUACUAUUGUACCAUUCUUCUAGUUGCAUGGUGGCUGGCUAAAAGUGCUUGAUCUUACUGCAGAUAUGAUUGGGGACUAAUAUGAACUGCUACGGAUAAUUUCAACUUCCUGUGCCUGGAAUUAGAAGUGAUUUAGGACAGGGGUCCCUAGGCCGCAGUCCACUACCAGGACUUGAGCUGUUUAUAACCUGAUUGCAGAAGUGGUGGGCAAGCGUGAACACGUGUGCACAACCCCACUUGCUCGAGUAGCUGACUUGUAUUGCAAAGAGAUGUUCAGUUUAUUCAGAAAAAGCCAGGAUACAAAAAAGGUAGUGGUGACUGACAAAGAAGUAGAUGGAUUUGUUUUUCUGGGUAAUACAAUUAAUGAAGAAAGAAAUAAUUCUGAAAAUAAACCUCCACUAUGUGUGACAGGAGCUCAGUUUGAUCCUAUUUCACAGGCAAAUUCAGAAAACCAGUCAAAGAUGACUGAAGCAGACAUUGAACUGGAGGCAAAGAAAAGUCAAAAUAUGGAAAGCAGUUCUGUGUUGGAAUUUCCAAAUGAUGUACCUUUUGCUCUUGCUCCACAUAUUUUGGCAGUACAGGAUACCUGUAAUGAUUUCUCAAAACAAUUGAUCUCUUGUGAUGUUAAUGACAAUUUAGCACGAUUUUGGUAUGAUUUUACACUUGAAAAUUCAGUAUUAUGUGAAUCUUAAAAUUGGGUUACUUAGUAUAAAAUCUACUUAAAUCACUUGAAGCAAAUUAUGCUAGUACAGUCUCUCAUGUAAAUCUGUUGUUUGUAUCUACCACUAGUCUGACAGAACACUACCAUUUUCCAUCAUUGUCAUGUUUCUUACAUGACAUUGUAAGAACAACUAAGCCAAACAUUACAAGUCAAUUACUGUAAAUAAGUUAUAAUCUGCACUCAGAAAAUAUCAUAGAAACUUCCAGAUAUUGAUAUUAGCUUAGUCCUUGCUUGAUCAUAGGAAAAUAAAUGUUAUAUUGUAUUGUAAUUUACAAAUAAUAAUAAUAAAUAAUAAUAAUAAAUAUCAUUAUUUAUUAAUAAUGAUAUUAAUAAAUUAGUUAAUUUUAUUAUAGUACCUUUUGUUGGGGAAAUCACAACAAAAUUUUAAAAUCUAAAUUUAUCAUUAGUGCAGAAUGAAUUGAUAUCAAAUACAUGAGGUUGGCUUUGGAGUUUAAUUCAUAUUUCUUGGGACUGUAGUUUUUGGUUGGCUAUUCAUGUUCUGUAUUCUAGAUUUCUAUGUUCAGUUUUUGUAUUGCAAGUUUUUGUUGUAACUACUAAUUAGGAUAUAUAUAUAUAUAGUCUGUCUGUCUGUGUACAUAUGAUGGGUGCCUAAGUGUAUAUGAAGAUGAGUACAUAAUAUAUAUAUGCAUGUUUAUAAAUUUAUUUUCACCGGUAAAAUAACAAUGGAUAUUUAAAAUAUAUCAGUAUAUCUUUUCAUGAAAUAAUGUAUGCCACACUUCUCUACCUUCAUCUCUUUCUGUUAUCUUAUUUUUUUCAUUGUUUUUAAUGCAAUGAAGAACAAUAUACAAGACGUAAAAGAUAGAUAAUAUUGUGUAAAAUAUAAUCAUAUUUUAAACAACAAAUUAAAUUUUAAGCAGUUCAGUCUUUUGAUUGUAUGAUAAAGAAGCUAAGAAUGCAAACAUUUUUUCAACCUAGCCUUUAGUAUCGAGUAUAUAAUAUUCUUUCCAAGCAGACAUAGGAAUCUUUCCUGCAAUAAUCCAAGCUUUAUAGCCCAAUAUUCUUCACUGAUAAACAGAUUCAGUUUUUUGGAAUAUAAUUUAAUGACACAUUGAAAUCAUAAAUCUUUUUCCUAAAUCAUAUUUACAAAGUUAAGACUUUUCUAUCUGUAUGGGAUAUGUCUAAAUCACUCAUAUCACAAAUUUGUUGUAUUCCUGAUAUAAAAAAAAAGACACUCUUUUUAAAUAUUUAUUGAGGAGUCUAAAAAGACAUUUUGACAAAUUAGUCUCCUUAUAUUUAUAAGAAACAUAUUCAUUUUUAAAGAUCUAAGAUUAUUACCUUGAAAGAAUUGGGAAACUCCAGUUCUGUAUUCCAAAUUAAUUACCAAUAUUUAUUUUUGUAAAUUUUUUCAAUUAUUAAUCUCUUAAAAUAUCCAGUGAAGAAUCAGAUUGACUCCAAAAAGAAUCUUUGAUAAAUUAAGAAACAUAAUUAUGGAAGAGAAUAAAUUCCCACAAGCAUGUACAUUAUAGUUACACAUUAAAAUCUCCAGUUCAUUGAAAAAAUAUAUUGUAUCAAAGUUUGCUAAUCAUACAUGGUUCCUAAUGAUCUCAAUAAUAUAUGCAUAAUAUUAUGGUUGCCCUUUUGUGUCCUAAAUAAGCAUAUGGGUUAACAGAAAAUAGGAAGCAUGAAAUACGGUAAAUCUAUAUAUCACAAAAUAUGUUUUGGUCAGCAUCUCCUGUUUGAUAACUCUUACAUGAGUUUAUUCACUUGAUUUCUCCAAGAGAGGGCCUGAUAUUUUGUGUUUUCUCUGGUAUGGAGAAAGGAAGAAAGUGAGGACCAAUGAGAAGGAGAAAAGAAAGAAUGGCUAAGAGAGAAAAUGUUCAGUCAAACAUUGUCAAAAUUAAAAUAUUAUAAUUAUUAAUAAGCUAUAAAUGAAUUUUCAAAGACUCUGACUUAAGAAAAGUGGUAAACUUUAUUCCAAACUAUACAGAUCUUUAUUAUUUCUCCUUCCUUGAGAUCCAGUAGACCAAAAUGGAAAAUAUAUAGCUUUUUAAAUUCUAUGUAUAAAAAUAGAUGCAACAAUAUCUUUAAAAAAUGUUGCAAAAUAUUUGAAAUUAUUUACUAAAUUUACAAUCAUUUUUUUCUAAUUAAAUCUGAUUUUAAAAGAUUGCUUGACUUUUGCAGCUCUUUUUUUUUAUUAUUCAUGAAUCAAGUAAAUCUUUUAUAAAACUUCAUAAAAUAGAAAUGUAAUGGUUUGCAAAAGCCAGAUAAGAUAUGGCUGUGGAUUCAACAAAACCAUAUAUCUGUACAUAGUUAAUGAUAUUGGGGUUUUGUCUGGUGAUGACUUGAAACUGUUCUUUCUCAGUCAUUACAUGUAGAUUGUAGCACAUAAUACUGUAAAUAUCAUGAGUCUUUAUGAAAGCCUCAAAAUCUGUCUGUUUCAUAAUUUAAUAAUUGCUAAUAGUGUUAAAUGGUUUUUAAUAUGAACUUUGUGUAUAUUUUAUUUAAAUGCAUUUAAAUUAUUUCAUUUCUACUGUAAACAUCCCUGAGUCAUUUUGAAAUGUUGGUAUAGAAAUAAAAUAAAUAAUUAUAACAAUAAACUUCAUAUAUAUCUUU